AUUUGAGAGAAAUCCCAGCUAACUGCAGAAACGACAAGGGACCGUAAAUCUACGAAUAAUCUACUAAAGAACUUGGUUAGGCGAUUGUUUUCUGAUUUAAUCUUUAAACUCACUUUUAAAUGUAAUGGUUGAUGAAACCUACCAAAUGAUGGAAAAAAAGAGACAGGAGGAUGUUUCCAACCAAGGGAAUAUAAAUUAUGCUGAAGGGGGUGAAAAACUGCAUGAAAUCUAAUGGGCACAAGUAAUGCUGAGGACUUAUCCUAGUUCUACAUGGAAAAGAAGGUCCAGCUCUAUUUGGAAAAACAUGUCACACUGAGCAAUUACAAGAAGAUAUUAAUGAUACUAUUUGUUCAAACUGACCCCUGGUGGUAAGGCGAGCAAUUACAAGAAGAUAUUAAUGAUACUAUUUGUUCAAACUGACCCCUGGUGGAUAAAAUGAGUAAGAGCGCGGUUGUGCGAACUAUGGAGGGUUAUGGGGAGAAUGCUACAGCUCAUGGUGUUAGAUAUGUAUUUCCUAAACAGCCUCUGGUUGAUAGAAUCAUCUGGGGAGUAAUUGUAUUCUGUUUUACAGGGAUAUCUAUCUAUCUAUCUGUAGAAGCAUACAAGGACUGGCAAAACAACCCGACUAUAACUACUCUUAGCAAUGCUAACUACCCUAUUGAAAAGAUUGAAUACCCUGCAGUGACCAUCUGCAGUCCUGGAUUACGCACAGACCUACUGGAGCAAGUUUUAUUAAAGGAGUUCUCCCUCUGGUUAGCAAAGGAUAAUAUAAGUGCUUCAGCGGAUAAUUUUACCGGACUGUUUACCAAGUUUAAUGCUGAGGAAUACAAAAUCACUGCAACGUCCAUGAGUGUGAAGGAUCUGGUAAAUGUAUUCCUAUCACAGAAUAUUGAAAACAGUCAAACAGAUAUGGCAAGGAGAAAUGCUUUUGCUUGUGAAGCUAAACUUCAAGAGUCCUCCUGCAUCAUACCCACUUCUAAAUCCACCAAGUACAUCGAGUCUUAUUUCGAGUGUGCUGCUCACUGUAAUAGAGAUCCUAGUUGCCAGAGUGUUAUAUAUAAACCUAGUAACGUUGAGUGUUAUACUUUUAAUGAAACGGUUACUGUCAACUCAUUUAUAAGGUCUGGUUGCCCAGUAAAACUCUACUGGAUCAAGACAAAGCAGAAAUACACGGGAAUGUACAGUUAUAUAAAUAAAACGAACACUAACUGCUGGAGUGGGAAUGGAGGAGCUUUGGACAUUCCUCAGGGACUAGAUUCAUACAUUGGAUUUAGUGUUGAAGAAUGUAAACUUGUUUGUGAUGUACAUCCGCAAUGUGAAGGAUUCUUGUGGACCUCAGAUUCAACUAAACAAAAUUGUCAUAAAAGACGUAAGAUAAAUUACAGUAACUGUACAAAUGAUCCAAUGUACACACUCUAUGCCCUAGAAACAGGCAAGCCUUUAUAUGCGUGGCCAUACAAUCCAAUACCCCCAGUAACUAGAUCUGUAGGAAUGUUAGAACCUGAACCCAUAUGCUCAGAGGAACCACAGUCUGUAGCAUCUGGACCAGUGGUUGACUUACCAAUCUUGGAUAUAUUUAUCAAUCCCAAGCGAAGUGAAGAUCUGAAAAAAAUUCAAGGCAAACUUAUUGAACCCAUAAAACAAUAUAUGAAAUCCUUGGACUUUGAAACUUUUCGUAAGAUUUUUAAAUUAUUGGGAUAUGUUUCCCAACCUUGUUUUGAUAUUCCUGAUCUACAAAAUGUUAAAUAUCUGUUAAAAAGAUGUGAAAUACUUGGAAAAGAGGUAAACUGUAGCAGUAUUUUUAGAACUGUCAUCACAGACUAUGGAAUAUGUUGUGGAGCUAAUGUACAGAAUAUACUAAGAGAAAGUAAAUAUACAACACUAGUAAAUGAAAUGGAUAAAACAAAUACUGUAGAACAACAACAAAAAAUACAUCCAAAAGUUGGGAAAAAUAAUGGUUUGCGUUUAACCAUUGAUAAAAGCAUUGGAAAUGUUGACUUUGGGACUGUUUAUGAAGACUAUGAUGCAUUCCAAUUGUAUGUUGGAUCGUCAAUGGAAUUCCCAAUGAUGCAAAUGAAGAGUAAGGUUUUAUCUCCUGGUAGAGAGCAUUUUGUCCAGCUUUCAUCAUACAUAAUAUCAGCAGAUGAUAAUAUAAAAUCAAUUUCACCUGAAAAGAGAGAAUGUUUUUUCCCUGAUGAAAGACAUCUAACUCUUUAUAAAACCUACUCAUUUAUUAACUGUGAUAUGGAGUGUAAGAUACUCCAGGUUGAAUCUGAGCUUGGAUGUGUCCCAUGGUUCUUACCAAAAGGGGAUGAAUCAAGUAUAUGUGAUCCCUGGACUGCGUUUAUGUUCCAAAAACAGAUGGAGAAAGUUGAGGUUACUGAAUCCUGUAAUUGUGCCCCUGACUGCUCCUCAAUUACCUAUACCAGUAGUCAUACUUCUUCUCCAUUCAGGGGAUGUGACUCUAGAAACUUCAACUUAAGUCCUCUGUGUUCCACCAGGCAAGGUGCUAUAUUUGCCGGCUGGACUGAGUCUGCCAAUAUGAUUUAUAAAACUAAAAACCAAGUUGUUCCCUUAAAUCAAACCUCUUCUCAGUUGAGAACCAGAUAUAACUCGGAUAAAAUGAUGGAGAGUGAACUCUUUACAAAUCUAAUUCAGAACAAGAGUUCUCUGAUUUAUGAUGCAAUGAUUGAGGAUAUUGCUGUUGUCAACAUAUUCUUCUCAAAUCCCACAGUUCUUGAAUAUGAACGAGGUAUACGAUCAACAUUCUAUGGGUUCUUGUCAACUGUUGGAGGUUUCUUCUCUUUGUUCCUUGGAUUCAGUUUAAUCUCUUUCAUUGAGAUAUUUUUCUGGUUCACCAUUAAACUAUCAAGAGAGGUCUUUAACCAAAACAAGCAUUAAUCAUUCGGUGGAGAUUAAUCAUUCGGUGGAGAUUAAUCAUUCGGUGGAGUUUAAUCAUUUGAUCAAUAUAUCUGUAUGAUAAUCAAACAUUGAAAUGUAAUCGUGUUUACAACAAAUAUAACAGAUUUUUAAAAAA